CCAGUCUCAGUGAUACAUUUUCUAGGAGUACCAAUCUGCUAUGGCGGGGGUGUCAUUGAAAUGCGGGGACUGCGGAACGCUUCUGAAGUCGGUGGAGGAGGCGCAGGAGCACGCCGAGCUUACCAAACACGCCAAUUUCGUCGAAUCCACCGAGGCCGUGCUUAAUUUAGUCUGCUCGUCCUGCGGCAAGCCUUGCCGCUCGAAAACCGAGAGUGAUCUGCAUACAAAGAGGACGGGGCACACUGAGUUUGUGGAUAAGACUUCUGAGGCCGCUAAACCAAUAAGUUUGGAAGCUCCAAAGCCUGAGAAGGAUCUGGAGAUGGAGGAGGCUGGCGGUGGUAGUAGCAGUCAAGAAGAAGAGAUGAUUGUUCCUGAAGUCAAUCAGCAGUUACUCUCAGAACUUGAGGAAAUGGGAUUUCCUAAAGAAAGAGCAACUCGUGCACUUCACUUUUCUGGCAAUGUUAGCCUUGAGGCAGCUGCAAAUUGGAUAGUUGAACAUGAGAAUGAUCCCGACAUUGACCAAAUGCCGUUGGUACCUGCAAGUUCCAAGAAGCCUGAGGCUGCUAAGUCAUCCCUCACACCAGAAGAGAUUAAGCAGAAACAACAAGAAUUAAGGGAGCGAGCUCGCAAAAAGAAAGAAGAGGAAGAAAAACGAAUGGAGAGAGAAAGAGAGAAGGAAAGAAUUCGAGUGGGAAGGGAACUUCUUGAAGCAAAACGCAUUGAAGAAGAAAAUGAAAGAAAACGUUUACUGGCCUUGCGAAAAGCAGAGAAAGAGGAAGAACAACGAGCUAGGGAGAAAAUUCGUCAAAAAUUGGAGGAAGAUAAGGCGGAAAGACGUAGGAAGCUUGGGUUGCCCCCGGAAGAUCCAGCUGUUGCAAAACCUUCUGCUCCGCCUGUGGAGGAAAAAAAAAGCUUCCUGCCUGUCAGGCCAGCUACAAAGGCAGAGCAAAUGAGAGAGUGCCUAAGAGCCAUUAAACAGAACCACAAGGAUGAUGAUGCCAAAGUCAAGACGGCUUUCAACACGCUUUUAACUUUUGCAAAGAAUGUUGCGACGAAUCCGAAUGAGGAGAAAUACCGCAAAAUUAGAGUCACUAACCCUAAUUUUCAGGACCGAGUUGGUAAACUGAAAGGGAGCAUUGAGUUUCUGCAACUCUGUGGAUUUGAGAAAAUCGAAGGGGGUGAGUUUUUGUAUCUUCCGAGAGAGAAAGUUGACAUUGCAGUGCUUCACUCUGCAGGGAGCGAGUUAAACAGUGCCAUCAAUAAUCCGUUCUUUGGAGUUCUUUGAUCUCUUCCCUGUACCUAAAUUUCUUACAUUAUCGAGGAUGGUUGUUUGUCAUAUCUGUGUAUUACAAAGAUAGAAAUCAUUUGAGUUGGAUCUUUUCUCCUGGAAAUCUUUGUUCAAACCAAAAUUUGAGUAUCUUGGAAGAAGGCUCUUCUAGAAGUUGGUUGGUUUGUCUUUUUUUCUUUUUUCUUUUUAUAUGUGUGAAAAUAUACUUAUUUCAACUAAUUAUCUUCUUUCUC